AACUCCGAACUAAAAUUCACGACCACGGCCCUCACCUUUGAAAAAUGAGGGGGGCAAUUUUCUAACCCCUAAAUGGCCAAUCUCUCUAGUCUCAUCCACGAGCUCCGCGAGCGAAUCGCCACCGCCUCCUCCCCUUCUUCCACCGCUGCCGCCGCCUCCUCCGCCGCGCGCCGCGCCGGUGAGGACCCAUUAGAGGCCAGGUUCCGCGUCGUCCUCCCCAAUCUCCUCCACGCUUAUGUCAACCCCUCCUCCACUGCUAAUGAGCGAGAAGUGACGGCGGUGCUGAAGCUGCUGGCGCACACUGCCCGUAAUUUUCCAGGAGUUUUCUAUCAUGGCAAGGCGGCUGCUGUGCUGCCGGUUGUUGGACGCAUUCUCCCUUUUCUUGCUGAACCAGCAUUUGGUUCCCGACAUGGAGUAAUCUUUGAGACAGUUGGAUCUCUUCUUUCCCUUCUGCGCACUGGGGAGCGAGAAGCCUACCGCCAAUUCUUCUUGGACGCCAUGGAAUUGAUUGAAGAUAUCCUAUAUGUCGCGUCACUUCACUCAAACAACACAAGUAGAGUAUUAUUGAAGUGUUUCUCCGAGUCAUUUACCGCAAUUUCUGCUGUACCUACACUUUUUGAACUUCCUGCUUGUUGUCGGCCUGCCGAUGGUCCUGGAGUGUUGGUUGAUCUCACUGAUAAGUCGAGAUGGAAGCUGUUUGCUGGAUGGAUACUUAAGCUUGUCAGCAAAUGUUUGACUGAAGGAACUCUCUAUGUGGAAGGGCUUGUUAGAAUGUCAUUCGUGUCUUCUGCUUGUUCUCUUUUGUGCUUUGCUGAUGCAGCGUUACAUAUGGCUUGUUAUGAUUUUGCACGUAUCACAACGACAAUAAUAGAUGAAGAGAUCAUUCCAGUAGAGAAUACUAUUAGGUCAAUAACAUGUAUACUAGAACACAAUGACAAAGAAACUGCAAUUUUCAGAAACUCUGUUUAUGAUUCUUCUAUGGGUGCUUGUCUCCACGUGCUUCAUUCAACAUGUUCAACUGUUGUAGUUGAAUCAACUGCCAUUGAGAUAAUCAAUGUUUUCCCUAAAGCCUUGCAGAGUACAGAAAGUCAUGAACUGCAGGUAGCACUGUGCAAUGCUUACAUUAGAAUUGCUAAAAUUUGCCCACUGCAUAUUUGGAGGCCUGGAAUGCUGGUGAAUAUCCUUUGCUUUCCAAAACCUUGUUUCUCAUUGAUAGAAUGCAUUCGAGUGGCGAUUAGUACUCUUGCUUCUGAUUGUGCUAGAGAGGAUGACCUUAAUUGCCAAGGCAAAAAAUUUGAUGUCCCAAAAGUCAGCAAGAAACGAUCAGCCCAAGAGAGUAACUAUCUUCAGAGGAAGCGUCAAAAGACAAGUGAAGUUGUAUUAAUUCCAUCAACUAAUGAACACAUUGGUGUUGAAAUUACUGAAUUUUCUCCAUGUGAACAAGAAAAACAGUGUGCAAGCGUUCUCCACUCUCAACUCGCUUCAUUUGUUGAUCGUCUAAAGCCUGACAAUGUUGAAGUUUCAUCUUUGACACCAGAAAUUUCUGUAGUGGCCCUUAGCAUCCUCUGCAUUGCAUUUCAUGGCUUUCCAGACACCACAUUAUCAAUUACCAUUUUUCACCAAGUGCUCUCUUGGAUACCUUGGAUAUGCAGUCAGGUAAAGGAUACAUGUCAACUCAAAGUUGAUUUUACACUCUACUUGGAAGCUGUUCAUAGCUUAUUACUAUCUACAGGGAGUCUUCAUCAGAAGAUGAAGUUGCAGAAAGAUGAAAAUUUCUUGGGUGAUGCAAACAGCUUAACCUCUGUCAAUCCAAGAAUUCUUGAUCUAAUAAAUUUGCUAGAACUGGCCUGGUCCAAUCAUGCCUUAGUCUGUCAUACUGACUCCAUCAGGAAAAUAAAGUGUCUUUCUAUUCAAAUUUUUUCUAAGGCUGGAAUUAAUCUUAAUGAUCAGUGUGCUUUACGACUGCUUGACAUGGCUCUUAAGGAUGACGAUGAAGAAGUAAAGAUAGAAGCUGUUAGUUCGAUGCCUGUGAUUAUCUUGUGCUCAGGUUAUAGAAUUCUGGAAAACAUGUUUGGACGACUGGAGUUAAUCGGUAGCAGUAGCAGUUAUCAAGUUAAUAAAACCAUUCUUCUCGCUCUUGGUUACUUAUCAUGUUUAUAUGGCUCCUCUAAUGCCAUUGAUGAUCUCGACCUCGGUACUUGCAAGUUGUUCGCAGGUGAUAACUAUUGCAUGCAAACUCGAACAAUGGACAUCCUUUCUGCAGGCUUCUGGUGUCCUCAAUGUGACAAAAGAUUUGAGCAUGAUAAAGUGCAACAUGGCAAGGUUAUACACAUUCCUAAGUCACAAGCUAAUAGGGAUGACAAUGACUUUAAUUUCGUUGAUUUACAGUCCCUCUUCUUUCAAUUUCUUUACCGGGAGUCAUCUGAAGAGUUUGGAGUUGUCUGUGUUCGGGUGUUACCCCGGGUUCUUAGGCAUGCAUCUCGAGAGACGCUGCUUAAAACGAGAUUGCAAUGGAUAGAAAGUAUUGACUUCUUACUACUACAUGAUAUAAAGGCUAUUAGGGAAGCAUUUUCUGCCGAGAUAAGUUGCUUUCUUGAGGGAAAUGUUCUGGAUCUACUAUUUACAGAAUGGGAUACAAGUGAGAAGACAAAAGAACAGAAGUUCUUGGAUAAAAUAAAACAUGCUUUGGCCGGAACCGAAGAUCCGCAGAUCUUAGUGACUCUUUUGGAAUCUACAGCUGAGAUUAUGAGUGCUGGUGACAUUCAUGGGGAGCUUUUCUUUUAUUCUCUUAUCUUGUUUGUUGAUCAGCUUGAUAACAAAAAUCAGGUAGUAAGAACAACAGCAUCAUGUUUAAUACAUAGGUCGUGCUCCUCCCAUCUUAAAGGAGGGUUUGAACUUGUCCUUUCAAGGUUCUCUCGUAUUCGAUAUGAGUUAUUUGAGUAUCUCUCUGCAAGACUUGUCAGUCGCCCGGACAUGAUCAGAGAAUUUGCUGAGGCUGUCGUAGGAAUAAAGACUGAGGAACUUAUCGGGAAAAUGGUUCCUUUUGUCAUACCAAAGCUUGUGAUUUCACAUAAGGAUAAUGAUCAGGCGAUCAUCACAUUGCAUGAAUUGGCAAACUAUUUAAAUAUGGAUGUAGUUCCACUGAUUGUCAAUUGGUUGCCAAAGGUUCUUGCUUUUGCUCUUCUUCACGCAAAUGGUCAGGAGCUAUCCUCUGUUUUGCAGUUCUAUCAUGUCCAGACAGGAUCUGACACUAAGGAAAUCUUUGCUGCUGCUUUGCCUGCUCUCCUUGAUGAAUUGUUAUGUUUUCCCGGUGAAGAGGACAGGGAUGAGACAGAGAAAAGGCCAGAAAGAGUUACUAAGAUGAUCCAGGAGGUCGCUAAAAUCCUGACUGGUUCCGAUGACCUUCCAGAGUUUCUCAAGAAUCAUUUUGUUGGUCUUCUUAAUAGCAUUGACAGGAAAUUGCUUCAUUCUGAUGAUUUAUUGUUGCAGAAGCAGGCCUUGGAACGUAUAAAGAAGCUGAUUGAGAUGAUGGGCUCUUAUCUUAGCACUCAUGCGCCAAAAAUUAUGGUUCUUCUAUUACAUUCCAUUGAAAAAGAUUACCUUCAAUCUGAGGGUCUCACUGUCCUACACUAUUUUAUCAAGCAAUUAGCCAAACUUUCACCCUCUAGCACUAAGCAUGUGAUUUCUCAAGUUGUUGCUGCCUUUGUUCCGAGCUUGGAACGUUGCAGAGAUAAUCCUUCCUUACAUUUGAGCAAGAUGGUUGACAUUUUAAAAGACCUCGUUGUUGAGAACAAGUUCAGACUAAAGCAACAAAUACGUGAGCUUCCGCUGUUGCCCAGUAUUGCAGCUUUAUCUGAAACAAACAAAGUUAUACAGGAAGCAAGGGGUUCAAUAACUCUAAGGGAUCAACUGCAAGAUGCUGCUGAUGGUCUUAAUCACGAGAGUUUAAAUGUAAGGUAUAUGGUCGCUUGUGAACUUAGCAAACUGCUGAAUGCAAGAAGAGAAGAUGUCACUGUUCUCAUAGCUGGUGAAGCUGUCUCCGAUUUGGAUGUUAUAAGCUCACUUAUUACAUCCUUGCUGAAGGGAUGCGCAGAGGAAUCGAGAACUGCAGUUGGUCAAAGGCUGAAAUUAGUAUGUGCUGAUUGUUUAGGGGCGCUUGGUGCAGUGGACCCUGCUAAAUUUAAAGGAAUCUCAUGCCACCGUUUCAAGAUUGAAUGCUCUGAUGACGAUCUUAUUUUUGAGUUAAUCCACAAUCAUCUUGCCAGGGCAUUUAGAGCUGCUUCAGAUACCAUUAUCCAAGAUUCAGCUGCCUUGGCUAUACAGGAGCUACUAAAACUAGCAGGUUGCCAAGGAUCAGGUAAUGGAAAUACUCCUAAGGAAUCUAUUGAGAUACUUGGUGGUAGCAACAGGGGUCAGAGAUUAUGGGAGCGGUUUUCAAACUAUGUUAAGGAAAUAAUUGCACCAUGCUUGACCUCAAGAUUUCAACUCCCGAAUGUGACUGAUUUGGCAAUUGUCGGCCCAAUUUAUCGACCUACAAUGUCAUUCAGAAGGUGGAUAUACUCUUGGAUCAGAAAACUAACUGUACAUGCAAGUGGAUCAAGGGGCAGUAUUUUUAGUGCAUGUCGUGGGAUAGUGAGGCAUGACAUGCCAACAGCCAGGUACUUAUUACCAUAUUUAGUUCUGAAUGCUGUUUGUCAUGGUACCCUUGAGGAACGCCAGAGCAUUACUGAGGAAAUCUUAUCUGUUCUCAAUGCUGCUGCUUCAGAGAAUAGUGGUGCUACCGUCAAUGGUCAAAGUGAAGUCUGCAUCCAGGCUGUCUUUACUUUACUUGAUAACCUUGGGCAAUGGGUGGAUGAUACCAAACAAGAACUUGCUCUCUCCCAACCUUUGCGUCCUUCCGUACCGAAACAACCAUCAAGAAUGAUGAGUGUGGAUGGAUCCGGAUCUGAUGCAAAUCAACUUUUGAUACAGUGUAAUAACGUUUCAGAGCUGUUAUCUGCCAUUCCUAAAGUAACCCUUGCAAAAGCCUCCUUCAGAUGUCAUGCUCAUGCUCGUGCACUGAUGUACUUUGAGUCACAUGUAAGAGAGACGUCUGGCUCCUCUAAUCCUGCUGCUGAGAGCAGUGGCAUCUUUGCAGAUGAAGAUAUAUCAUUUUUGAUGGAGAUAUAUGGUAGCCUAGAUGAACCUGAUGGUCUCUCUGGUUUAGCAAACCUCCGGAAAUCUUUGAGCCUGCAAGACCAACUUCUAAUAAAUGAAAAAGCCGGGAACUGGGCAGAAGUAUUAACAUUUAGUGAACAAGCUUUGCAGAUGGAGCCUUCCUCUGUUGAGAGACAUUCAGAGGUUCUUAAUUGUUUGCUUAAUAUGUGCCAUCUUCAGGCUAUGAUAACACACGUGGAUGGUCUAAUUUCGAGGAUACCUCAUUAUAAGAAGACUUGGUGCAUGCAAGGGGUACAAGCUGCUUGGAGAUUAGGAAGAUGGGAUCUCAUGGAUGAGUACCUCUCAGGUGCUGAUAAAGAGGGUCUAACCUGUAGCAAGUCAGAGAGCAACGCUUCUUUUGACAUAGAUCUCGCAAAAAUUAUACAGGCGAUGAUUGCAAAUGAUCAGUUCAAGGUUGCUGAGAAACUUGUUCAAUCAAAACAGGCUUUGCUUGUUCCUUUAGCUGCUGCAGGCAUGGAUUCCUACAUGCGUGCAUAUCCAUAUGUGGUAAAACUUCACAUGUUAUGUGAAUUGGAAGACUUCAAUACCCUUCUUGGAGAUGAAUCAUUCUUGGAGAAAUCAUUUAGUCCAGAUGAUUCUAGAUUUUCUCAAGUUAUGAAGGACUGGGAUAAUCGUAUUAGGUUUACACAACCAUCACUAUGGACAAGGGAGCCUCUUCUGGCUCUCCGCAGAUUAGUAUUCAGUGCCAGUAAUUUGAGUUUUCAAGUGGGGAACUGCUGGCUUCAGUAUGCAAAGCUUUGUCGUUCUGCUGGACACAAUGAGACAGCUCACCGUGCAAUAUUAGAAGCAGAUGCUUCAGGUGCUCCAAGUGUUCACAUAGAGAAGGCAAAGCUUCUCUGGAACACGAGAAAGCCUGACUGUGCCAUAGCUGAACUGCAGAAAUCACUGCUAGAAGCGCCGGUUGAAAUUCUUGGAACUACCACUAUCUCAUCACUGACUAGCCUCUCCCUUGUUCUUCCAAAUCCGGCUUCACACUGUGCCACACAAGCAUCAAAAGAUAAUCAAGAUGUGGCUAAGACCAUGCUCCUCUAUACUACUUGGAUACAUCAAACAGGACAGAAGCAAAAGGAAGAUAUUAUAAAUCUUUACAGUAGAGUGAGAGAAAUGCAGCCUAAAUGGGAGAAAGGAUUCUUUUUCACAGCCAAAUAUUACGAUGAUCUGCUAGUUGAUGCGAGGAAGCGCCAAGAAGAUAACCAGCAGUCUUCGCACAUUGUCAUGUCAUCUUCAAGUUGUGCAGGUGGUUCUUCAUCGGAGGAAAAGCCUUGGUGGUCUCACCUUCCAGAUGUUCUACUGAACUAUGCUAAAGGACUUCAUAGAGGACACAGGCAUCUCUUUCAAGCAUUACCCAGGCUCCUAACCCUCUGGUUUGAAUUUGGCAGCAUAUAUCACAAAAAUGGUUCUCAUAAGUCUAUGAAAACUGUUCAUACUAGGGUCUUGUGCAUUUUGAGGGGAUGUUUGAAGGAUCUACCAACAUAUCAAUGGCUUACAGUUCUGUCACAGUUGGUUUCGCGUAUUUGCCAUCAGAAUGAAGAAAUUGUCAGAGUUGUUAAACAUAUUAUAACCUCUGUUCUUCAAGUGUAUCCACAACAGGCUCUUUGGAUGAUGGCUGCAGUGUCUAAGUCAACAGUUGCUGCUCGACGUGAUGCUGCCGCUGAAAUAAUUCAGGCAGCAAGAAAAGGGUCAAGGCAUGGGAGUGAUAGCAGUGCCCUCUUCGCUCAGUUCGCAAGCCUAAUGGAUCACCUGAUCAAGUUAUGCUUUCAUCCAGGGCAGCCAAAGUCGAGGACAAUCAAUAUUUUAACUGAGUUCAGUGCCCUCAAGAGGAUGAUGCCAUUAGGAAUUAUUUUGCCCAUUCAGCAAGCUCUCACUGUUACAUUACCCAGUUAUGAUGCAAGUCCUGCGGAUCUCCCUAGUGGUCAUGUUUGCUCUGUUUCUGACCUCGUUACUAUAUCCGGAAUAGCAGAUGAAGCGGAAAUCCUCUCAUCUCUUCAGAGGCCAAAAAAGGUUAUUUUUCUUGGAAAUGAUGGCAUUCAAUAUCCGUUUCUCUGCAAACCAAAAGAUGAUCUUAGGAAAGAUGCUCGCAUGAUGGAGUUUACUGCUACAAUCAACCGAUUAUUGUCUAAAUUUCCUGAAAGCCGGAGGAGAAAGCUCUACAUUCGUACUUUUGCAGUGAUUCCUCUAACAGAGGACUGUGGAAUGGUAGAAUGGGUUCCCAAUACUCGUGGGCUUCGGCACAUCCUUCAGGACAUCUAUAUAACUUGUGGAAAAUUUGAUCGCCAAAAGACAAACCCAAUGAUCAAGAGAAUAUAUGACCAGUGCCAGGGAAAGAUGCCUGAAGAUGAGAUGCUAAAGUCAAAGAUUCUUCCAAUGUUUCCUCCUGUUUUCCACAAGUGGUUCUUGACCACAUUCUCGGAGCCAGCUGCUUGGUUUCGUGCGAGGCUAGCUUAUGCACAUACUACUGCAGUGUGGUCAAUGGUCGGGCACAUUGUCGGGCUUGGUGAUCGGCAUGGGGAGAACAUUCUGUUUGAUUCCACCUCUGGUGAUUGUGUCCAUGUUGAUUUUAGCUGCUUAUUUGACAAGGGAUUGCAACUAGAGAAGCCCGAGUUGGUGCCCUUCAGGCUUACCCAGAAUAUGAUAGAUGGUUUGGGAAUUACUGGUUACGAGGGUAUCUUCUUGAAGGUAAGUGAGAUCACUCUUUCUGUUCUGAGAACACACAGGGAGACUCUCAUGAGUGUUCUUGAGACCUUCAUUCACGACCCUCUGGUGGAGUGGACAAAAUCUCACAAGUCCAGUGGAGUUGAAGUUGAAAACCCUCAUGCACAGAGGGCUAUCAGUAACAUAAAAGCACGGCUUCAAGGCAUUGUGGUUGGGGUUGGGGCAGCGCCGUCUCUGCCUUUAGCUGUGGAGGGGCAGGCUCGGCGCUUAAUUGCUGAAGCUGUAUCACAUAAGAACCUUGGCAAGAUGUAUAUAUGGUGGAUGGCUUGGUUCUAGGUUAUCAUUUUUGGCUUUAAUUUAUCAAAGGUGGGUCCCUUCACGAAGUAUUGGAAGCCAGUUUGGUGUUUGUGGGCAUUUUGGGGUGCAGAUUAGCCUGAGUGAAAGUGUGAUGUUUAUGCAACAAAUACUGGUUGUACAAGACUGUAUAUUGAUUUUAAUCUCAAUGGGAUGUAUGUACAUACAAACGGUAAUUUAGAAGAAAAAAGUGACUUGUCCAAUGAAUGUAAUUACCACAUCGGAUUCUGCUCUUUGA